AUGGACAUUCGCUCGUUCUUUCGUAACAAAGCUCCUGGCAACAGUACGGACACGAGCAGCAGGACCAGAGACAACGGUAGUCCACGUAUUAGCAGUAAACAGCCAACGAAAACAGUCCCAAAACAUACAACAAAGGAGGCAGAGCCAGAGCCUACACCGCCAUUACGUCGGUCCACUCGCAGCACUUUGAACCAGAAUGUCGUUGUGCUGGACGACAGCGAAGAGGACGAGGAGAGUGACGACAAUGAAUGCAGACGGGACGUUUCAGUCAAGCAGAAGGAGCAGAAGGUGGAGAAGAAGAAGGACGUGGUGAAGAAAAAAGCCACCAAAAAAAAGACCAAGGCAGUUGACUCUGACUUUGAGGCGGAUUCGAGUGACGACGCGAUGCUGGACGUGGAGCUCCCGAGCAAGAGGGUGCAAUCAAAACGGCCAUGUCCUAAAAAGCCUACAGACGAUGAUGCACGACAAGUGCAGCCGACUGUGACGGUAGACAAGAAGACGACAAAGAGCAGAAACGCUGCCGUUUUAGUCUCUGCUGCGGCUGAUGAGUUGGGCGAAAGAAUUGCGGUGCACACAAGUGGUUUGGAAAACAUGCCGGCUCCGUGCUCAGGUUGUCUGGAUGGCAAGACGUUUGCGUUUUCUGGCGUGAUGGAGAAUCUGUCGCGUGAGGCUGCAGUGCAUCUUGUAAAGAGCUGUGGUGGGUCUGUUGCGAACAGCGUGACACGCAAUACAACACAUCUGGUGAUCGGGGCUACGCUGGAACAGGGUGGACAAGCACUUGAGGGAGCCAAGUAUAAGGAAGCAGUGGCCAAAAAAGUGCGCGUUUUGACCCAGAAUGAGUUCUACAAUCUCAUUACAGAGGCAUCGACAGCACAACAGUCGCAGGAUUUGGCAGCAGACAAGACGAAAGCGAAGGCAAAAGUUGUUGCCGCUUCAUUGAAGUGCAAGCAAAACUCGGAUUUGUCGAUUAAUCAAGAGCUAUGGACUGACAAGUACAAGCCUCAAACUCUGGACCACAUGAUUGGCAAUGUUGAGCUAGGCAAGAAGUUGAAGACGUGGCUUUUGGACUGGGAAGCAAUGCACGUGAAGGGGACCAAGAAAAUCCCGUUUUCGACAAAGCUGGCAGAGAAUCGUGGUGCAAAGACUGUGCUUCUAUCGGGUCCUCCUGGUAUUGGUAAGACCACGAUUGCAAACUUGGUUGCCCGCGAGUGUGGAUUUGAAUGCACCGAGCUGAACGCGAGUGAUACCCGCAGCAAGAAGAUGCUGCAAACCGGUCUCAAAGACGUGUUGGGCACACAAGCUCUCCAGUUCGGUGUGCCGACGGGGAAGGCUAGAAAAAAUCACAUGCACCUGGCGCGUCGGGUGGUCAUCAUGGACGAGGUGGACGGCAUGUCUGGUGGUGAUCGCGGCGGUACGGCAGAACUUAUCCAGCUUAUCAAGAAAUCGAAGACUCCAAUUAUAUGCAUUUGCAACGAUCGCCAGAGCCAGAAAGUGCGAUCUCUGGCAAACCACUCUUUUGAUUUACGUAUGCGUCGUCCGACCAAGAUCCAAAUUGGCAAGCGACUGAUAGAGAUUGGUAUGAAUGAAGGGAUGCGCAUGGAGAAGAACGCGAUUGAAGAAGCUGCCGACCGAUGCGGCAACGACAUUCGGCAGUUACUGACGCAGAUGCAGCGAUGGCGACUCACUACCACUAACCUGACGUACGCAGACUUGGUCAAUCCCUCUUCACAGCAUAACAAGGAUGAAAGCUUGCGUCUCAAUCCAUUCAGCGCAACACAGCAGAUAUUCCGGCGCGAUCUGUCCUUUGAUGCGAGGAAUGAAGCAUAUUUCGUCGAUUAUGACCUGAUGCCGCUGAUGGUGCAGGAGAAUUAUAUUCAGAGUAUAAUGAAUAACCGGACGUCGUCAGAUGAGAAUUUAGAAGCUGCGAUGCAUGCGUCUGAGUUCAUCUCAGAAAGCGACCUGUUAAGCACGUACGUACGAGUGGAGCAACGCUGGGACUUGCUUACGAAACAGGCGGCAAUGAACGUCGGGGCUUGUAUAUACUCGGCUGGAUUUAUUGGUCACCCCGAGUUUUCAAAGUGGUUGGGAAAGAACUCGACUGCUUCAAAGUCAAAACGAUUGUUGAGUGAGUUGUCAGUCCGGAUGAGGUCACACGCCUCCGGUUCUCAAGAAGUUAUCUGCCUCGACUACGUGCCCUACAUGAAGGAGAUACUUUUACAAAAGCUGCUUUUGGGGAAGGAUAAUUUUCACGAGGUGAUUGAACUGCUGGAUGAGUGUGAGAUCACGCGCGAGGACCUUACAGAGUCAAUGGAAAGUUUCAAAUUUUCGGGCGUGAAGCGCCACUCUUACUCGGAUCUUGACUCGAAGGCGAAGACGGCCUUUACGCGAAUGUACAACAAGGCCUUCCACAAGUCCCAAGCAAUAGUGGAGUCGGUUCUUGGCUCAGGUACCGCCAAGAAAGGACGAGGGCAGGCUAGUGUCAUUAAGGACGAGGAGAAUGGUCUGCCUGUACCGUCUGACGCUGAAAGCGAGCCGGAUGAAGAAGUGGAUAUAAGCAAAUUCCAGAAGAAAGCGCGUGGUACUGUGAAGCGCAAGCCUCCUGCUGCUACAGGAAAAAAAGUGGCACGGAAGGCACCGGCAAAGAAGCGCCGUACCUAG